AUGGUCCUGAUCGUGAGGACGGACUUGAAAUUGUCCAAAGGAAAGACGGCCAGUCAAUGCGCCCAUGCGGCAGUCAUGUGCUACGAACACAGUCUCUCAUCCGGAAGGGAGAGUUUCUUGCGCGCUUGGAAGCUCGACGGACAGCCCAAAGUGGUUCUCCGGAUAAGAAGUACACAUGAUAUGGAAAAGCUGUACAGCGAGGCCAGAAGUCAGGAAAUAACAAGUAUUCUCGUGCACGAUGCCGGUCGCACGGAAAUCCCAUCGGGAACAAUGACCGUCUUGGGUUUAGGGCCGGAUUGUAGUGAUAAAUUGAAGGAAAUCGUGGGGAAACUGAAGGUUCUAUAG